CACAAAAGUUUGUGAUGAAUAAUUUACGAAAUGGUAUUGAAUAUCUCAAAACUACAUGCGAAGGUGAAGUUAUUGUUGGGUGUCAGUGGGCUGAAUGGUCGCCUUGGAGUUCCUGCUCUAAAACAUGCGGUGGAGGACUCAAGUCUAGGAGUAGAGAAAAGUUACCCGGAAUGGGAACAUGUGAUGGAGAUGCAUCAGCUGUUGAGGUUUGCGCAGAGCAAGAGGUUUGUCCGUUGGAAAAUGAUAACACAACCCUUGUGGUUGUUAUUGGUGGAGAAACUACAAGAGAAAACAGAGAGAAUGAACAUUCAACAUCAAUUGAGAUCAUUGGAGCUUCAGGCUUAUGUCGACUCUCUGGAGUUCCAGAUCUACCUGAAGCCAGAGGAAAGCUCUGUGCUGCCUACGAUCCAUCAGGGGCCCUUAUUGUUUGUGGUGGGGGUCAAAGGUUUUGGCGACCAAACAACAACUGCUGGCAGCUUGUUAAAGGGUACUCAACGUGGGAAGAGAUUCCCCAAAUAUAUCCAGUUCAUGGAGCAGCAACUACUUUUUUCAGGGGAAAGUUUUGGGUGUUUGGAGGUUCUACAGGUGAUGACAGUUAUGAUCAUACGAUCACUGAUAAAGUUCAAGCAUACAACCCUAGAACACAGGUCUGGAGUGUUGAGAAGUCACUUAGCAGUCCCCGGCAUAAGUCUUGUGCGGUUACAAUCGAUGAUCAAGUAGUACUGACAGGAGGGACAAUGCUGGGACUGGGCAAGGUAAAACCGGUUUGGCUAGCAGAGAUUGGAACCAGAACAGCUGAGAGCUUUGACGGAGAAAACUGGUAUAGUUUACCAUCCUUGACAAGGGCUAAGGUUGAGCAUGGUUGCAGUGUGGCUGCUAUCAGUGGAUCUCGUGGUAUUCUAGUAGUUGGUGGAGCUACAGGAGACGAUGUGGUGGAGUUCCUAGACUGGGAUAUCAAGUCAGCAUGGAAGGUUCUAGGUAAGCUGAACAGAGGUAGAGGAAUGAUGCCAGGAAUAGGUUUUAUCGGAGGCAAACUCUCAAUUGUCGGAGGAUACAGUUGGCCCGGAGCUGUUGAUAUUAUUGAACAGUGGGACGAGGACAAGGAGGAGUGGAGCAGAAGUAUAAACAAGAUAAAGUACGCUAGAUACAACCACGCUACUAUAACUGUACCCGGAGACAUGUUCCCACAAUGUCUGAACCCAUAGAUAUAUCAAAUACAAUCCAAUUCAUCAAAUAAUGUAAAUAUUGGUUACACUUGCCUCAAAAACUAAUUUUGUAAUCUUUAUAUCUUAUAUAAUAUAUAUGGUAUAAACCUCUCAUAUUUCAAAUAUUGACUAUUUAUGAAAGCUCUGCAAAUGAUAAAAUUAGAGUUUGAGACAAGUGUUCACUGUUCAGUUCCUUUCCAGGUUUCACUUGAAAUUUGUUCUAUUGUUCUAUUGUCUAUUUUCUUCAUAGUUCACUUCAAUUUUUAAACUAAUUGAACAUUUUAUACAAAGCAAUUAUGUGCUCUAAAUUGGCAACUAUAUUUUAUCAUGGAUUUUGUGUACAUUACUUUCAUUGUAAAUCAUACAUUCAAUAUUACUUUAUUAUUAAUAGAAUUCUUCUCUGGUUCCAGCAAAAUAAAUAUUGUAAAAAAAAUUUCUUUAAUUUAGAUUCUCAACUCACAGCAAGAUACACUAAUGUAGUUUUAAAAGGCAUAAAAUAUGGAAUAUUAAGACGAUAACAAAAACUUUUACGAAACUGUACACAAGUAAACAAAAUUAUGUUAAUUAAUCAAUUUUAGAAAUCAUUUUUGUCUAAUUGGAAUACAUUAAACUACGGUACAGAGUUUACCUAAUGCGUUGCCUAAAAGGAUCUGAGGUUUUACCACAAACUCUGGUUUUCUAAUUCCUAUAUCUUUGAA